AUGCAUCGUUGGCUGCAGCUUCGAACUAAGUUUAGUCCGGAAGAGAAUACACUUUUGGGGAGUCUAUCCAUUAUUGAUCGGGCCGACGGCCUGAAUUAUUUGAAGAGGAAUGGAGACCGUGUUCCUGGCACAUGCGAAUGGAUUAUGGACACGCAGGGACUUCAGACUUGGCUUGGUGCACAAGAAAUCUCUACUGAAAUUAAUCCCACCAUCCUGUGGCUGCAUGGCAAUCCAGGAAUUGGGAAGACAACAAUGGCAACGACCAUUGCGGAUGUCCUUACCGCUCAGCCUAAUUUUAUCAGGGGAGAGGCACUUCUUGCGGCGCUUUACUUACUUCGCGGCCUUCUACGUCGGUUGAUUGAGCAAAGGCCACGAUUGAUGAAAUAUUUGCGAGACAAAUUUGAAGAGCGAAAAGAAAAACUUUUUGAUUCUUUCGACAGGCUAUGGAACAUCCUUAUUGAUAUUGCAAAUGGAAACACUGGCAAAAACCCUGAUCUUCAUUUCUUUAUCACUAGUCGACCGCAUCCUGAGAUCAGAGAUUAUCUAUGGCCGUUCAAAUCCAAAGACUUGUCGACCUACCGGAAAAUUGAAGAAGAUCUUCAAAUAUUCAUCGAGCACAAAGUUACUAAGCUUUCUCGGGCAAGGUCUUACUCUGCAAAUGUGACGCAGGCUGUGAGAAGGAUUCGGUCAAGGGAUGAGGUUGAGAAACUUCGGGACUUACCUAAAGGACUUAAUUCCUUAUACGAGAAACUACUACGGAGAGCUUUGGAAAAUAACAAUCACAAGGACAAAAGCAUAGCUUUACAGGUGCCCGGGGUUGUCGCAAUCUCACGACAUCCUCUCAGCGUUGCAAAGCUUUCUACUGCCUGUAGACUCUACGAGGAGAAAGACGAAGAAGAUCGUCUAAAGUUUUGUCAGGAAGAUAUCAAAUUAUGCCGUUUCAUGAUCGUGGUCCAAGAUGAUACUGUCCGUCUCCUACACAAGUCCGUGAAGGACUUCCUGCUCCGUGCUCAAGAAGGGACAUUGUUCAAUGAACUCAAAGCAAAUGCGAUAUUUCUCGUCCCAAGGGAUUUUCGGUUGUCCAUGUUGCAGCAAGAUGGGGGCAUAUCAUACCUCAUACACUUUGCUUUAGACCGCGUCUCGGGUAUUCAAGGAAUUCAAUUGUCUUUCACAGACGACCUAGCUACCAGGGAGUCCAUGAGGAGAUUUUUGGGGAGCUGGAAUAAACAAAAAGCCUUGGUCAAUCUGAAAGGUGAGCGUGGCAGAACUCCACUUCAUUGGGCGAUCAUGAGCCACCAUAGUGAUACUAUAGAUGUUCUCCUACAGCGCUAUGCGGAUACAGAUUUGAUGGAUAAUGAAGGAUCACCGCAAAAGAAUCUGAUAGAUGCAAAAGACGCCCACGGCCAAACUCCACUGCUCAUCGCAGCAAAGAAUUUACACCUCGAAAUAAUCUAUCAUUUGAUUAAUGCCGGUGCACAUGUCGACACUAUCGACAAUAUGCAUCAAAAUGCCUUGCACCUCAUUUGCAAGUCACGACAGUUAUCAGAGAACAUAUGCUCAUUGCUGCAGUUCUUAAUUGAGCAAGGAACCCCCAUAUCUGCAUGUGAUAUAAAUAAUAUGGCACCUAUCCUUUAUGCAAUUGAAAAUGGAAGCGAAGAUCUGGCAACCCUGUUCAUUGAGAGCGGAGUUGAUAUUUACCUGCAAAUUCACAGACAACAUUGGACACGCCGAAUGCAGAAUUGUGUUUCGACUUAUGACCUUGACAAUUGCUCUGAAGAGGUAGCUGAUUCUAGAAGGAGCGCACUUCAUUUCGCGGCACUUAAAGGAUGCCGAUUUCGACGGAACAUCAUGGGAUGCGGAUAUGACGACACCUGGUUAGAUGAGGAAUAUUCAAUUGAGACUUUAACGAACUUCAUCACAGAUUACGAAAGCGAAGAAGCCCAUGAAACUUACGAAAUGAUUCAUCAAGAGCGAGUUCGAGACCGUCCGGUACAUUUGAUUCCAUUUGACGAAUCAUGUGCUCCAGAGACAUUGUCCAUCCUUAGGGAAAAGGGCGCAGACGUGUCAAAGUUGAACCGGAAGGGUCAAACAUGUCUUCAUCUGGCAAGCGCAGCAGGGAACUCCGAUGCUGUUUCCGCGCUUGUGCAUGAAGGAUGCGGUGUCACUCUACUCGACACCAAUGGAUUAAGCCCUCUCCACCAUGCCGUCCAGAAGAAUCACCCAGAGAUUGUGCAAUUCAUGCUUAAACAUCAAAAGUCCUCGAUACCUGGCCUGGACAAUGGCAGCCUCCUUGAGAUGCGACUUCUACACUGUCACCUCAGAUCGAUGCUAUGCUCCGUUGAAAUGAUCGAUGUUCUCCUGGAACACGGAUACAGACUGAGCGAGCUUGACGAAAACGGCCACUCCGCCCUCAGCCUAUCUCUCAAUUCGAGAGGAACGCCCUGGAUCUUCAUGAAAAGGAUUCAAAAGGCAAAACACCUCUUAACUACGUGGAAGAGGAGGCUAGUCGCGAACGACAUAUACAUUUAUUCAAAGGGGACCGGUGGAAAAGAGGGUUAUCUUCAUGGAGCAGCGAACACACUGGACAGACACGAUGAAGAUCCAGAUCUUGGUCAUCUGAGGAAGAAUUACAAUCCAGUCACCCAAACCAUUCGGAUACGCGCAAUGCCGACCUCCUUCAUGAUUGUCAUCUACGCUAGUUCAGUCAAAGUCAGGCUGCCACACAAAAGGGCUUUUGAUCCCUGA